AUGCGCGUCCGCGCCCUCCACUCGAUCGAGACCGAGCCUGCGGCCCUCGCCGUCGACUACCCACAGGCCGCGACCCUCCUCCAGCAGCUCGACGUCACGGCGCCGGCCAUGCGACCGCGCGCGACGCUGGGUAGCACGACGCUAGCGCCAGCUCAACCUCGAGAGGUGUCGUGCGGCGUCGGCGCGACACGGCGAUCAUCGACUUCCCGCCGAAGUCUUCUGUUCUGGCAGCGCCCGGCGACGCUCCAAUACCUCUUGCGCCUCGUCGCGACGCCGCUUCUCGAGUCUUUCGCGGGCUUUAACGACGCGUACUACGACUAUCCCAAGACCUCGACGUCGGCGACGCUUCUUUUCCCGUCCUCGACGUCCUUUGCGACCUCGCGACCGGAUCGCUGCAGUCGUGCCGCCUCCUCGCGCAAGCAACGUACACGGCCCCGGCCUCGCCGCAUCACACCCCUCGGUAUCCCUCUCCUGCAGGCGCACCGGUAG